UCGCUUCUAUUGGCGCGUCCCAUCAGCCGGCCUCUGAUGUAAACAGGAAAAGUCCUACAGACUUUAGCCAAGUUUUCAGGUAGCUAGCUGAUGGAGUCCCAGGCUAGGAGUAAACACAAGUGGCCUUAAAUAUCGCAGCUUCCUCCCUCCUGAUGUGAAGAUGGACGACAUCAAUUUACACUACAGGUUCCUGAACUGGAGGCGGAGGAUCAGAGAAAUCAGAGAAGUGCGUGCUGUACGCUAUCAGGAGCGCUACAAGCGCAUGCUGAAGGAUGGAGACACUCUGAGUUAUCAGGGGAACUCUGAUGAAGUUGGCUGCUAUGUGGCUUCACGGCCCUUAUCAAAGGGAAACUGCUAUUUCGAGGUGACCAUAAUGGACACGGGUGUCAGGGGGACGAUUGCUGUGGGCCUGGUGCCUCAGUACUACAAGCUGGACCAUCAGCCUGGCUGGCUGCCCCACUCUAUAGCUUACCAUGCUGAUGACGGCAAACUGUAUAACGGCAACCCCGUCGGCCAGCAGUUCGGCCCCAAGUGCAACCGAGGAGACCGGAUAGGCUGUGGAAUCUAUGCAGACACCUUCGACGCUGGACUCACCACUGUGUUUUUCACCAAGAACGGCAAAGAGGUGGGCUCUGUCGUGGUGCCGGUGGCUCCAGAUGGGCUCUUCCCGGCGAUUGGUAUGCACUCUCUGGGAGAGGAGGUGCGGCUAGACCUGCAGGCUGAGUGGGGGACUGAGGAAGAGGACAGCGUGAUGAUGGUGGACAGCCACGAGGACGAGUGGGGACGCCUGUAUGACGUCCAAGUUAGCGGAACGUUGCUGGAGUAUGUUGGGAAGGGGAAAAGCAUCAUGGAUGUGGGUCUGGCUCAGGCUCGCCAGCCGCUCUGCACACGGAGCCACUACUUCGAGGUGGAGAUUGUGGACCCUGGAGAGAAGUGCUACAUCGCGCUGGGCCUCGCUCGAAGAGACUAUCCAAAGAACAGACAUCCAGGCUGGAGCAGAGGGUCGGUAGCAUAUCAUGCAGACGAUGGGAAGAUCUUCCAUGGCAGUGGAGUUGGAGACCCCUUUGGGCCACGCUGCUUUGAAGGAGAUAUAAUGGGCUGUGGGAUCAUGUUCCCUCGUGAUUAUGAAGAUGAGGUCGACGACGGGGAGGCAACAGAUGACCGACCCAAACCCGGCCGUGUGCAGAACUUUCUGUAUUUAUAUGAUGAAGACGAGGAGGAAGAGGGGGAUGAAGUAGAUCAGGAGCAGGAAGGAAGGAAAGUUAUGGUUUUCUUCACCAGAAAUGGGAAGAUAAUUGGUAAGAGGGAGGUGGUGGUGCCGGCUGGAGGAUUUUACCCCACUAUCGGGAUGCUGAGCAGUGGAGAGAAGGUGAAGGUGGACCUGCAUCCUCUCAGCGGCUGAAGGACCUCUCUCUUCUCAGCGUCACACGUCAUACCUCCAGCCAAUCCCCCGGCUUUCAGCCGUCUGCGGUUUAGAACGGACGAAUCGGGAGGGAAUCAGAACCUGGGAAUGGAUUUAAAGCUGUUUUCUGAUUGGCGGCUCUGCGGGAGGAGGCGGGAGAUCUCCAUAUCGAAUGCUGUGAUGCUGUGGCCCCAAAAAAACAACAACAACAGCAGCAAAUGCAUGAAUCUCACUUUCACACAGACAACCAAUGCCUCUGAUACUCAUCUUAUAUCUUAUAUCUUUUUAAAAUCAGUCUGAAAUCAGCUGAAAUCAUCAGUCAGCAGACGGAGAUCUGCGUUCUUUAUUUCUUUUUAUGUCUUUGGUUUUUUUUUUGACGGUUCUACGCGACACCAAACCUUAUUUGAUUUAACUAACAAGAUUGUUUGUUUUUUUUUUCUUGUAAAAAAUCAAAAAAACAAAAGUAUAGAUCAUAUUAUUGUUAUUAUAUUUAUAUAUAUAUAUAUAUAUAAAUAUAUUUUUAAUGUGCUUGUACAUAAUGUAAAUUUAUAUAUGGGCUGCUGUACAAAAAAAAUGAAAUGACAAAAUGUGCCACAGAAAGUAACAAAGAAAUCACUUCAGGAAAAAAAACAGGUUAAAGGAAUGAAUGGAUGGAUAAACGGAUGGACGGAUGGAUGAAUGAAUGGACAGAUGAAUAGACUGAUGUAAGGGGUGAACGGGCAGAGGCUGACAUUUCAGAUUAAAAUAGCAUCCCUGAGCAUCGUCAUCGCUCUCCCGUCAUUCACUCUGCCGCAACCCCCCCCCCUCUCCUCCUCCUCCGCUCAGCUGAUCCUAAAGCUAAUGACAUUUCCGUCCUUUUUUCUGUUGUUCUUUAUUUCUGAAUGUCAGAGUUAAUCGUCCGUUGCUCAGUUAUCUCUCCAGCCUGAACAGAAACAGGGCUGUAGGGCUGAAACAGAUGAACCACGUGAGGAAAAACGACGCUUUGCUUCUUUUUAGCUGCUA